UUGAAGCGAGAAGAAAUCGAAGAAACUCUAGCGAAAACUUUGGGAAAAACCGAAUUAGUUGAAAGAAGAGAACGUCUCGAAAGUAUUGCCAAAUUGAAUCCUGCCGAUUUUGGAAGCAAAAAUGCGCGACAAUGUAUUUGUGAAGUACAAGGUCAACAUCCAUACAGAAAUUUGGCUGAAAAAUGGCUAUGGAAUUACAAUUUGAUCUAA